GGGUCGUUGCCGUGGAGACGCUGGCUGCGCGGCGGCGGCGGCGGCGGGGCAAGCCAUGGAGGAGCCCCCCUGCGUGUGCCCACCGGCAGUGCUGGCCUGCAUGGAGGGAGCUGCCCGGUUCCUGAGCCUCAUCGGGCCGGAGGAGCUGGAGCGGUGCCUGUUUGUGGAGCGGCUGGUGGCGGCAGGCGCCGGGGCGGCGGGCGGCGAGUUCUGGGUGACGGUGCAGCGGGCGGCGUACGGGCCGACGGGCCAGCCGGGGCACAGCUGCCUGCUGGUGCGCGCAGGCUCCCAUAGCGUGGUGGACGGCGUGCCCUGUGCCACCAGCCUCCAAGCGUACGUGUCCCUGCAGCUGGAGACGCUGGAGCAGGAACUGCACGAGUGUGUGGAGCUCAGAGCCCACCCCAUAGAGAGGAGGCUCCAUGUGGUGACGCGCGGAGAGGAGCUGCUUGUCAGCAAGACCCUCUGCGAAGGGCAGAUGGAGAUGCUGUGCGAGCGCUCCCGCCACAGCCUGGCCACGCUGCGGGGGCUGCUGGCUGAGGGUGCUGGCCUGCUGCUGCUGCGGGUGCUGGCCCGCCGGGGCACCAUGCCCCCCCGCCUUGCCUUCCCCACCUUGGACGCCGAGGGCCAUCUCUGCACCGUCAGCUACCGUGCCCUGGGCAUCCAGCAGCAGCCGGUGGGCCCGGAGGAGGCGGAGGUGCUGGUGAUGGAGCGGGCUGUGCGCCCCAGCGCGGGCAUCCCCGCCGCCUGGCACCUCAGCUGCCUCCGUGACGGACGCCUGGCCCGGUGGGUGCAAGUGGGCUGCCCGGUGGUGCUGCUACUCCAGCGUAUGCCCGUCCUCACUGAGACAGACGAGGACGAGCCCCAGCCCGUCUUCCCAAAGCAGCCACUGGCCUGGGAGGCGGACGCCCAGCUCUACUCGUGCUUCUUGGACAGGAAGGAGGAGCUGCAGGCGUCCCACGCUGCCUUUGUGCGGCGGCACCCCGAGCUCGGCGCGCUGCUGGCCGACUUCCUCCAGGCCCUGCUGCUCCGGCAGCCCCCCGACCCCGUCGCUUUCGCUGCCGCCUUCUUCGCCCCCUUCGCCCACCGGUGGCCCCCCGGCACCCGCUUCGCCGCCGCCGCCGCCGCCCCCUCGCCCGCCCGCGGCCCUCGCGGCAUGCCGCCUUCCGGGAAAUAAAGCCGCUGGUGGUUCCCGCG